AUGUGUGAGUUCCACGACGACGAGCCUCAACCAGUCCCCGAUUCCAAGGGCCACAAGAGAAACCUCAGCAGCGGAACAGCGGAUGCCUCUCCAGUAAGACGUUCAAAGAGGCAAAGAUCAACAAUCAACCUCAAGGAACAGUCUUCUUCGGAUGAAUCCGAGGGAGGAGACGAUAAAAAGGUGACACCGGCAAAAACCAAGCAAACGAAAAAGACUAGGACCCCUUCGUCCACAAAGAAGAUUGAAAGUCCUGAGGCAAAAGCUGUCUCUGAUGUCAAGAGUGUUUGUAAAGAGCCAACUGAGGUCAAAGCCGAAGACGAAACUGUAGCCAGUACCCAGAAGGCCAAGUCCACUCCCGCAAAGAGAGGAAAGAAGACCAAAGAGCAGAAAGAGUCCGAAGCUAUGCCUCUUGCACCACGUACCCAGGGGUUGAAGAUGUUUGUUGGUGCGCAUGUCAGUGCCGCUAAAGGCGUCUUCAAUUCUAUUCAUAAUAGCGAACAUAUUGGAGGCAACGCAUUCGCGCUAUUUCUGAAAUCUCAACGCAAAUGGGACAACCCAGCUCUUUUAGACGAGCAUCGUGAUCAAUUCCGCAAGCUAUGCGAUGAGAAGGGCUAUGACGCAGCCAAGCACGUCCUCCCACAUGGGUCGUAUCUUGUGAACCUUGCACAGGGCGACAAGGCUAAAGCCAAGCAGGCCUACGAUUCCUUCCUAGAUGACCUUCGCCGAUGUGAAGCCCUCGGCAUUAAGCUUUACAACUUCCAUCCGGGAAGCACAAACCAAACACCACUUCCAGACGCCCUCUCUCGCUUAGCAAGCACUUUGACCAAAGCCAUCACCGAAACUUCAACUGUAAUUCCAGUUCUUGAAACAAUGUGCGGCCAUGGCAACACAAUUGGCGGCGCACUAUCCGAAUUCAAGGACCUCCUUGCCCUCAUCCCGAAAGAACACCACUCCCGAAUCGGCAUUUGCAUCGACACCUGUCACAGCUUUGCAGCCGGAUACGAUCUCGCCUCGCCCAAGGGCUUCAAGGCAUUCCUUGACGAGUUCGAAGAGCUAAUUGGCAUCCAAUAUCUGAAAGCGCUGCAUCUGAACGACUCCAAGGCACCGUUUGGUAGCAAGCGCGAUUUGCAUGCUAAUAUCGGAACCGGCUUCCUCGGUCUUCGGGCUUUCCACAAUGUGAUGAAUGAGCCACGGUUUGAGGGGCUGCCCAUGGUUUUGGAAACGCCCAUUGACCGAGUUGAGAAGGGGGAUCCUAAUGAGGGAAGUGAGAGUGAGUCUGGCACGAAGAAAAAGGGCAAGAAGGCUAAACGGCCUGCUGGUGCGUCGGCGCCAACCGUUCAAGAUCCUGGUGUUUGGGCUCGAGAAAUCAAGUUGCUUGAAUCGUUGAUUGGAAUGGAUCCAGAAGGGGAGGAAUUCAAAGCUCUUGAAGCGAAGCUUUCUGAGGAGGGGCGAGAAACACGGGAGAAGCAGCAGGAGCAACACGAUAGGAAAAUUGAGACAGAGAAGAAGAAAGAGGCGAAGGGGAAAGCGAAGGGGCAAAAGAGUUUGGUAGAUAUGAUGAAGGGUGGAAAAUAG